AUGCUCAGUGAGGUGUUUACCAUCGACACCAGGGACCCUACAGUUCCACUUCAAGCCGCACAACUGAUACAAAGGUCAGGCGCUGAUCCAGUCAUCUGGACCAGCACUGAACUAGCCCGUACAACGUCGGCUGGUAAUUUUCGUCUGUAUAAAGACGGAAGUGGGAUUUUUGGUCUUUGGGUGCCAAACUCGCAGGCUUUCUACUCUGACGGUGCUCCACCUAACAUCUGUGCUCCGGAUGCCCAAUCCGGAUAUACAAUUGAUAGGUCCCAUAGGUUCAAAGCCGAGCCAGUUUGGAAGGAUCGCUCAUACAGCCGCAGCUCUGAAUACCGCCGAGACGACAAAGUUUUAGCAGACUCGAGUCGAAAUCGUCGGGAAAUCAGGGUAGCUCCGUAUGACCGAUCGGUCGGAUAUGGAAUCGUUACCGACUACAAUCGGCAGCAGCACCAUUUCUCAUCACGUCAGCAGCAUCAUCAUUAUCACUGCCAGAGAGAUGAGUCAGCGAGUCAAUCACGAUUGACAGCCGACAAGCAUCACUCAGCACCAUACGAACGUGCACGUCCGGCGAGCUCAAAAGCAGCCACGCCAGUCAGGCACUCAACUUUGACGCAUCAACGUCAGCAACGCAAAACGUUGUUAAAUCGAAAACGACGUGAGCGGAAAAAACGAGUGGUAACCAUAAAUAUGAUGGUAAUGGAGCAGGAACAAAACGUACAUCAACAAUCCGCUUCAUCACUUCCAGAAGAAGAUGGCAAUGAUAGUGAUGAGGGACCACCGAACCAUGUAGCAGAACUCAUCCGCACAGAUGAGUCAUCGGACAUGGAGGAUUUGGCAGACGAUUUGGAGCGUCUCGGUGGAAACGAACAACCACAACAUCGGGAUAAAAGCAACAAUUAA